AUGCUGCACGAUGACACCCAGUCGUUACGGGAACGUCACCCUCGCAAUCGGUUCCACAAUGUCGAUCCCACCAAGAAAGCAGCCGAAUGGAAGGACAACAUAUGGCCUAUCCGACCGCAGACGCCUUGGGAUAUCUCCACUGACUUUCCGUCUCCCCGUCUGCUCGAGUAUGACGUCGAAGAAGGGACAUGGCUGAGAUUGGAUGUUCAUCCCAAGACCGGCGACAUUGUAUUUGAUAUGAUCGGCGACCUGUACUGCAUAUCUUCGGAAGACGCGUACGACCAGUCUGGGAGCACUGCUACCGCUCGACCUAUUCUUCGUGGUGUACCCUACGACUCUGACCCUCACUUUUCACCUGAAGGUGAUAGAAUAGUCUUCAGAAGUGAUGCCGAAUUGGGGGUAGAAAAUAUUUGGAUAAUGGAGUGGAGGGGGUGCGAGAAAAUGGACAUAGUUCCCGCGGUAGUGGAAGAAAGUUCCCUGCUUUCCCGGGCAAUCGAAUCUCAGCAUGAAGAUGACGCACUUCUCGCUCGGGGCAUCAAGGAGACGCCUGAGAGGCGUAAGCAUCGUCUGGUAAGAGAAGGUCGACUUGGAGCCUACCGGGUCACGAACGAGACGUAUCGAUGGGUUAGCGAUGCAAGAUUCCAUCCAUCUGGCAAGAAAGUCAUUGCAACUAAAUGGUACACAUCGAGACGUUCUUUGGGCGCCGGGGAAGGCUGGGAAUACAGCAUACCUGCGCCUGGCGAUGAUAUACAGUCUGGAAGUGGGGUUCGUCUUGUCGGAAGGACUCUGCCUGCUGGAUUUGAAGACUACGGAGAACAGCAGAUUGGACCAGAGCAGCUCAUCUGGCACGGAGAGGAUAGAGUCAUCUUCUCUAAAAACGUUCGGGAUCCCACGAGCUUUACAUAUUCCAAAGACGUGCAUAACGGCAUUUAUGCAAUAUUCGAGCGAAAUUUGACUUCAACGCGUACAGUAACCUUGGUAGAUGCAUCUCCAGGCGGGGCAAGUCGACCCGAACUUUCUCGCGACGGACGGACCCUGGUGUUCGUACGACGCAUGGGGGAUCACCAAAUGCUAGUGCUCAAGGAUCUGGAAACCGGUACCAUUCACUAUGCAUGGGAUGGACUCAGCUACGAUCUCAGUGGUAUCUCAGCACCCAUGGGAACCUAUCCAUCCUUUGCGUUUACACCAUCAGAUUCUGCUAUCAUCAUCUGGGCUGCGGGUAAAAUCUGGUCUGUCCCUUUGGCAACGAACUCGUACGGUGAAAGGAUCUCUUCUGGAACACCCUACCCUAUCCGGUUUACUGCUCAUAUCGAAAAACGACUGGCAGAAACGAGGAAAAUUGAGGAUAUUGACCUCGUAAGCAUAGAAACUGCGGACUACCAGAGGAUUAGGGCUUUCAAGGUCCUCCGUGCGGACUUUGCUGGUAACAAAGUGGUGUUCCAGGCGGCGGGUGUUACGUAUGUGCAGGUCGUAGGUGAGAAAGACGUUAUGAAGGUUCCCGUACUUCACGACGAUGGAGUGACGCCUUACUAUUCUCCGUCGAUCGUGCGGGACAAGACCCGAACUAUCAUCCUACAUGCACGUUGGGAUGAUACCAAUUUUACCUCAUUUGAGCUAGCGAACUUGGAGGACGGCUGGGUAGUCGAGAUUGAAGGGCUACCUCGGGGCCGAUACCUGAGCCCUGUUAUUUGCCAGGUGGAUCGUAGUCACCGGGUCAUCGCGUUUGUGAAAAUCGCAGGCGACUAUCUCACUGGGGACGUCGUCGCCUCUGCAGCUCCUGGGCUAUACGUCGCGGACCUCGAGGGUGCUCCUUCACAGGGAGGAAUGAACAUAGUCAAUUUGCGGUUGGUUCCCUCCGAAAUUGACGUAGACGAUCGCAUCAAUAUGCGUUUCUUGGAAUCUAAUUCUGAACUUCUAGUACAACAGUCCGAUCGGUCUUUUGUGAUUGAUCUAUCCGGGACCCCAGACGCGGACGGAAAACCUCCCCAUUAUACUCUGGCUACGGGAAAGAUGUCAAAGGAGAUGGCUGUUUCCUUGACGUCGCCUUCUGGGCAGCUUCAGAGAUCUUUGCUGAAGAAGUUAAGCGGCGACGGGUUCAAUAUUAAAGCGGACAACGUCGCGUUUGUUGACUUUUUCCAUGUUUAUGUUGCACCCGGGAAAAGUCUGAAAGAAGGAGAGGAAGCAUGGUCAAAACCUGGGAAUGCGACUGAUGGGUUGGUACGACUGAGUCUGGAUGGAGGCCACGAUGUUACGUGGAGUGAAGAUGGGAAAAAGAUCUUCUGGUUUUUGGGUCCGUAUCUGCACUCCUUGGAGGUGUCUAAACUGAGCAAGUGCACCUCGACAAUCCGAAAGGACCAUCUCACUUUCGGCAUUGACUGCGUCAAAAAUCUCUUGGAGUACCAAGAAAUCGUCGUUGAGCAUUCGACUGAUAUCUCACGUUUGAAGAAGGAGGCUGCUAGGACCGCUUCAUAUCCAGAUUCUGAUCUCCUUGUUCUUUAUAAUGCUACCCUGCUGACGAUGGAAACGGGGGAGUUGGAGAAAGACUUGGUUCGUGAGGCAUUGUUGGUCAUUCGGGGAGGUGUCAUCACUACUGCUGCGGCAUUGAACACUGUUGUUAUACCGACAGAGGCUACUGUUAUCGAUAUGCACGGAGCAACUAUCGUGCCAGGAUUUUUCGAUUUACAUGCUCAUUGGGAUGGAUUCGAGAAUGCCAUGCCUGCCAAGUCUUGGGAGAUGGAGACUUUCUUAGCAGUUUGCCCUAGCGCUUCCAAUGUGGAUGGAUUCAUCGAACGAAGCAGAGUUGAGCGAGGCCAUUUUGUUGGUCCUCGGAUAUUCCAAGUUGGCGAUGUCAUAUAUGGUGCAGGCGAUCCUGGGUACCACCAGGAUAUCGCGGAUAUGGACGAGGCGCACUCUGCUCUUAUUAGGAUCAAGGCUGAAGGCGGACCGAUUAGUACGUCGUAUAAGAAUUAUAAUCAGCCCUCUCGCGCAUCUCGGCAGCGGCUUCUACUAGUUGCCUCGAAAUCUGAGCAUGUUAUCAUUCUAUCCCGGUUACCUACAUUGUAUGAUGAUGUUUUGAUGCUGUACGCCAAAAGUGGUACUGGUGCCUCUCCCACGCAUCUCGUUAAUUAUGGAGGUGCAUUUGGUGAACAGUUUGUAUGGGCUACAGAAGACGUCCCAAAUGAUCCGAAAUUAAGAAAGUUCGUACGGCACGAUAUUUUGGAAGGUCUGACGGAGUCCACAUCGAGACCGCUGUCAGUUGCCAAGAUGGUUCGUAUGGGACUGAAGACGCAUAUCGGCGCUCAUGGAGAGCCUCCAGUGUAUAAGGCGGCGACAUCGAAUGCUGCGCAGACAUUGGGUGUAUUUUCUUCCGUCGGAUCCCUAAGUCCUGGGAAGCUGGCUGAUUUUGUUGUCUACCCGGCUGGGGUGGACAUCUUGAAUGGCCUGAUGAGCGAGUCGAGGAAGCUUAGCUACGUAGCCCGUGGUGGGAGGAUUUGGAACGCAUCUACGAUGGAACAAGUCUGGCCCUUGGUCCAGGAAAGACAGCGAAUGCCUCCAUUCAAUCCUGUACAAUAG